AUGACUAGAUACGUGGGAUGCAUCGAUAUCCACGGUGGAAAAGUCAAGCAGAUAGUGGGUGGAACCCUCGAGAAAGACGAUAAAGAAAACGAGGACCUGGUAUCAACGAACUUCAUCAGUGAGCAUUCUUCUUCGUAUUAUGCCCAGAUAUACAAGAAACACAACAUUGUGCGCACCCAUGUGAUCAAGCUUGGAUCCCUAGAAAGCAACGACAAAGCUGCCUUGGAGGCUCUUCAAGCUUGGCCCAAUCAGCUGCAAAUUGGCGGAGGUAUUAACAUCUCCAACGCAAAAUUUUGGAUUGAUAGCGGAGCCUCCAAGGUGAUAGUCACCUCGUGGCUGUUCCCUGAGCAAGAUCUGAACUGGAAUCGCUUGAAAGAGUUGAGCACACUUAUCGGACCAGAGAGGCUUGUCGUGGACUUGAGCUGCCGCAAGGUGGAGCGCCAAGGGGCAAUAUCAUGGGUGGUAGCUAUGAAUAAAUGGCAGACCUUGACCAAAACCGUGCUGAGCAGGAAAUUGUUUGAAGACCUGAGCCAAUACUGUUCAGAAUUCUUGGUGCACGCCGCUGAUGUGGAGGGCCUCUGUAAUGGAAUAGAUCAGCAGUUGGUAGAGAAACUUGGCGAAUGGUCGCCUAUUCCCGUUGUGUACGCUGGUGGGGCAAAGUCCAUUACCGAUCUUGCCCUUGUCGAUAGACUGAGCCGUGGAAAGGUGGACUUGACAUAUGGCAGCUCUCUUGACCUCUUUGGAGGUAAUUUAGUGAAAUUUGAAGAGUGCUGUGCUUGGAACGAGAACCUAGAUGAAUAA